AUUUUUAUGUUUUUAAGUCAUUUUUGUAUAGGAAUAGGUAAAAUUCGAUGAAAAUUUAGUUAAUAUUCAUUCUAAAAGAAGAAAAAUAAAUGAUAAUACCUAUAUGAAACGCAAGGUACAAGUAGAACGAAUAUAUCUGUCYAAAUAGUGAAUUGUACCUAUAUAGGUAGCUGGUUGAAUAAUUUUCAGGACAAAAAUAAGAUAGAACCAAAAGAUGAUGAAAACGAUACGAAUAAUUAAUACCUACAAAUAAGAAUUUAAUCAGAAAUAUGAUUAAACUAAUUUAUUGAAUAAUUUUAAGAGCAUUUUAAAAAAAAAAUUCUGUUCCGAGGGCUUUCAAUCGUAUUUUUUCGUACCUAGUUUUCUUGUUUUUAGUGCAUUCAAAUCCGUUCCCUAAUUAUUGUUACACAUUACAUAAUACUAAGCUUUGCAAGURCAUAACAAUAGUAGUACCAUGACGUAUUUCUUUACAUAAACGCCACCGCGGCCGCUCGUGCGUGCACAGAUACCGCUUUCACGUCGUCGCCUUAACCCUUUUUUUCCCUCCCCUACCAGCCGCCCCUCCGUCAACCCCGCCUAGGUCUCAGCACGGGCGCCUACUAUAUUCCUUUGACCCUGCUGCCGCUGCCGCUGCCGCCGCCGCCUUCGAGUCAUGCUCGGCGCGAACCAGAACAUAUUUUAAUCAAUAACAAGAUAAGGUGUUGUCCGCGCCGCUAUCACGACGACAACAACUUACUAUCGUCGUGAUAAAACCGCCGCCGCCGCCGCCGUCCCCGUUUAAUAUCAAUAUUUGUGAUAAACAGUAGAAUAAUAAUGUUGUAAAUACGUUAUGUUUUUGAUUUGCGAUGGAUAAAAAAAAUUCCAAAAUAUUCGGUAUUGUCUCUACGUCGUCUGGACCGCGGCGGUCGGUAACACGCGCACAACCGAGAUCGACCGGGAUGGUGGUCGUGGACGGUAACGGUCGCGUUUGCGCCGACCGGAGGAGGAGCCGCUGCCGCUGAGCGCCGCACAAUCGCGGGCAAAACGACGACGGCGAUAAUAUUAUUUGUAUUGUCGUAGCGCCUCCGCGGUGGACGCUAAACGGGAGGUGAGCGACGGGUCGACUUUGCAGCCGCGCACGCGCGAGAGGUGUGCGCUGGGCGAAUGUCGCGUGCCGCCGCCACCGUCGAUAGUGAUAAUGCACCGCGGGUUUUGAGAGGUUCUCCGCCGCAGACGACCGUCGGAUGAUGUUCAGUUCGUGUAGUCGCCGCGACUGUGGUAAUAAUAAUUGCUGUUGUUGUUGUUGAUAUUCCKAAGCGCCCGUCGUCGAUCGGCGUGAUGAACACACCUGUCGUCGGCCGCCGCCGGUCUGCCUUCGCCAUCACGUCUCGGUCCGGGUCCGCUGCAGGUGGCCACCAGGACCAGUGAUGUCAAACGCCAGAAAAACCAAGUUCGUGACCGUCAACGACUACACCUAAAUCAGUCCUCAUGGUGGUGGCCGACGGUGCCAUGUUGUCGUCGACAGCCAAGGAUGAGCUGCUGUCGUCCGCGGCYGACGUGUAUCAGCCCCACGUCAACGUGGACGGUAUACCUCCAAUGCCGACGACACUCGGACCGACGUCAGCGUUCCCCGGCAGUCCCUUGACGACCAAGAAGCCAGCCCUCAAGUCGUUUGGUGACAUCCAGAACCUCCUCGCGGCGGGCUUCCAGAAAGACGUCAAGAAGAUACUGCGCGACAACUGCUGGCCGACCAACCAUCCGAUCAGGGCUCAACUGUGGCCGGCACUUUGCAGACAACAUACGUCUGACAACAGCAACAACAUGCAAGAGGGGUUCUACUGGGAUCAAGUACGACAAUUGUUUGGGUCUACUGAUCUUCCAGAUAAACCAAUUAUUUUGCCGACAUUUGUUGAGGCGAAACACAGACAUUUACAUCAUCUUGAUUCAACAGGCAAGAAUAUUACUGACAGAAUUGUUUGCGUACUGGGGUUUGCUUGUCCAGACAUCACUUAUAGCCCUGCUAUAUAUUCGUUAACAUCAUUGCUGCUACAUUUUAUGCCUGAAGAAGAAUGCUAUAAUAGUCUAACAAGCUUAGUUUCGUCCAAGAACUUAGUAUUUGUAACACAAACAAAAUUAUUAUAUGAAGUUACAUGGAAAACUGUAUUAAAUAUCUGUAGAAAACAUGUUAAAUCUGCUGCGGGGCACAUUGGAAAACAUUGUCCAAUAAAAAAAUCAGAAAAAAUUUACAUGGAUUGGAUUUGGUGGAUAUUUCAAGGACUACCGUUUCACCAUGCAGUCCGUGUAAUGGAUUGUUAUCUUCAUGAAGGUAUCAAAGUGUUAUAUCGUGUAUCAAUGGCUAUCUUGCAACUUUUUUACAAAUACUCAACUACAAGUAAUUCUAUUUGGGCCGAAGAAAUAAAUAGUCAUGGAGUAGAUGUAGCUUUGAUGAAUUUUUGCCGUCAAAUGCCGGCAAAUCCACAAAAAAUGCUUAAAACAGCAUUUAAAAUUCGAGGUCUGAGUUCAGCAUACAUUCAUAGAGUUUUUGUAAAAACUGAGAUGAUAUUAAAGAGUAAAGCUGUUUUAUCUGGUUCCAAUAAAUUAAAUCGUUCCUGUUCUAGUGAAAAUUUACCUACUAGUCAAUCUCAAAUGAAUAUUCAUAUGGCAUCUCAUACACUUACAAUUCGCGAGGGAGAACAUUCACCAAGCCCUCGUGCUUCCACGAUGGCCAGUUAUCCAAUUAACAAUAUCAGAUCUUUGAUAGCUAACCAUCAGGAUCUUUUUACACUAUGGUCUUGGUUGCCAGUGAGGAUAACAAUGUACCAACCAAUACUUCUUUACACAACUGAAGAGCAUGGCUGUAGUUUGACUACAUUCUAUGUUAGAGUUGAACAUCAUGAACCAACACUUCUACUAAUAAAAACUUGCAAUGAUGAAGAGGUUUUUGGUGCAUAUUGUUCUUCAAAGUGGAUUGAGAGAAAYAAAAAGGAUGAUCGUGGAAAUAGACAAGCUUAUUUUGGUACUGGUGAGACAUUCAUAUUCAGUCUAUAUCCGGGUAAAGCAAAGUACCCAUGGGUUGGAAUGGAAGUUGAUAAUGUACAUCAUGCUAAUGAGCUAUUUAUGGCAGCUGAUCAAAAAAUGAUCACCAUCGGCGGAGGUGACGGUCAAGCAAUAUGGAUGGAUGAAAACGUCCGGUUUGGAAAAACUGAGGGUUGUUCUACAUUCAACAACCCACCAUUGUGUAAAAGUCGAGAUUUUGAAAUAAAAGUUUUGGAAGUCUACGGUUUUGACGGAGUGAUUCUUUAAAGCAAAUACCAAUUCAACUCAAAAGUGACAAGUCUACUAGUCAUAUAUAUAUAUUUUUUUUUUAUACUCAUAGUUACUUAUUUAGUAAGUUAGAUUAAGUAAUUUUUGUAAUACAAAAUUCGAUACAGAAUUUUCGUUCCUGGAUUUUGAUAAUAGGUACUUACUACUUAGUUAAUAAUUAUAACAUGUUUUGAGGUUGCAUGAGUACUCAAAUUUAAUUAACAAAUUAGAUCCAAGUUUGAAUUAUUUUUGAUUAAUGAGUACUUGGGUAUGCAAAAUAGCUCUAGUACUUAAAUUCUAGUACAACAUUUUUUAAAACAUAUUUAACUAUUUCAAUUAUUAAAAUACAGUAUAUAUUUUUUUAUUGUAAUAAAAUAAUAAUAAAAUCUUAAUAAGAAUUCAUUGCUCGGCGUAGAGUUGAGUUAAUUAAACUUUUCACAAACAAAUUAUCUGUUCCUGCAUAUUGAGUACCAUAAUUAAUUCUAAAUGGAAAAUAUGAGUAUAUGUGCAUCUUAAAUAUUUAUAAAAUGAUAUUAUUUUAUUGUCAUGUAACUGAUAAAUACAGCCUGUUUUAGAAACAAAAAGCCUAAUAUUUAGAUUAAAAUAGCURUUGCAAAAUUUUAUCAAAAAAUAAUUUACUUAAUUUAUUUCAGACUUGAUUGACUUGUUUAUAAUUUAAUAAUGGAGAUAAUGAUAUACAAGUAACUUAUACAAAUUUAUAAAAAUCUAUUGAUUGGAUUUUUUUAGUUCAACCAUGUUUAGAAUUAUAAUGUCUCAAAUGUGUUCAACAGUUUUUAAUCCUAAUUUUAAGAAAUGUUUAAAAUUGAGUUGAUAUUCAAGAAUUCUUAAAAUAUGUUCUUGAAUACCAAAA